CAUUGUCCAUGUCCUUUGUUUUGUUGCGUUUGUGAUUGUGAGAUGUACUAUACAAUUAAGGUGUUUUUUCGUAUUAAUAUUCUUAUUCCCAAAGUAACGAAUUAGUUCCAUAAAAUAUAACCAUGUUUACCAGACCUAAACCCGGUGAAGAUGAAGACGAAAUAUUACGAAUGCAAGAGGAAUUUUUACGCGAGAAGAAUAAAAACCAACAUUUGCAACCAGCAGCACAAGUCACCAAUUUACGACCGAAAGGAACCAACAAUAAUGUUAUAAGUGAUACGAGAAAACCUUCAAAGUAUGCUCAGUUAAAAGGGUUAAAAAAUCAUGAAGAGAAACAAGAUGAAGGUGAGUCUGGUGCCGAAUUUGGCGCAAUUGUGGGUGAUAUUAUUGAGAAAAAUACAGGAGAACUACCAAAAUCAAAAGAUAAUGUAAUAGAGGAUGACAAAGUCUAUUAUCCCAAAGUGAUUCCAUCAAUUUUAGGAAAUAUUGUAGAAAAGAAUGUAGAUACCAUUAUGGUGUUUAAUGGUAAACCAAUGCCACCUCAAGGGUUUCCAGUAGCGGUUAAACGAGAUCCUACUCUGAGUGUUGGCAAAAGAACUGCAUCUAACCUAAAGGCUGCCAAAAUUCCUAGAACAGAAACAAAAAUGGACACUGAUGAGUCAUCUUCUUCCAUUGUGCAAAUAAAAGAAGGCUUGUCUGAACAAAAAAAUCUUCCUACAAAAAGCUACAUUGUAUCAUCAAGUGAAGCUGAUGACAUUCAUAGUGAAAAUGUUAAAACUCUUAGUAAAUUAUCUGAAAAAGAAAUUUUAGAGGAACAAAGAAAGUUGAUGUCCAAUUUAGAUCCAAAAAUAAUAGAAUUUAUCAAAGCUCGUCGUCAGAAAGCAACUACAGAAGAAAACUAUGCACCAUUUAAAAACCCUAAUGCGAAAUCAGAAGAAACAGAUGGAAACAUGGAUACUGAUGAAUCAUUGAACAACUUGCCAGCUGAUGAUUCUCUCUGGGAAAAUGACGUCCUCUCACAUCCACAAGUAAACAAUUGGGUGCACUUUGACUCUCUUGAAAAAGACAAGCUGAUGUGGAUGAGAGGUAUUGAAGAGUGUAAAAAACUUAGACCAGAUGAGCCUUAUGAGGCCAGAUUUAACUUCAAUGGGUACCUGUUGCCCUACACUAUAGAAUACACGGAGAAAACAAAAACAUUGUUCCACCAUGGAGAAGAACCACACAGGCCGGGCUACACUUUAUCAGAACUGUUUGAACUUUCAAGGUCUGCAGUAGCGCAACAGAGGGUCAUGGCACUGAAUACAAUUGCUGGAAUAUUAGACUACUACAAUGCAGGAAUUUACAAAAACAUCAUAGAAAUUCCACUCAGCAAAAUAUUUUUUGUCAUUCGAUACGCUAUGGAUGAAAAUAAGCCUUUGAUAUUAGAACCGGCUUUGAAAGCAAUGAGAAAUUUAGUGUACAAUCGAAUUGAUGAAGCUAGUUUAGAUGCUUUACUUGGAUUCGGAGAAGGCUUGCACCAGCCAUGUUUGGAGAAUGACAAGUCAGAGAUAGAUGAAUUGGAAUCUAAGGAAAGUGAUUUGAAAGAUUUCCAUUUGGCGGAAAUUGAUAUCAUCACGGCUUUAAUGAGAACUGAUGUGCUACAGAGAUUGUAUUAUAUUUUGGAAACUGUUAAACCAUCUUUUAACUGUGUCCAUUAUUGCUUACAAAUAUUGACAAGGCUUGCCAGGGAUUCUGUUGCAACGGCAAUGACAAUAAUUCAGACUGAUCACUUGAUGCAGUGUAUCAUUAAAUAUUUUCUGCCCGCUAGCAGUUUGAGCUUUGCUUUCAUUCCACAAAUAGUGUACAAUGGUAAACCAAUCUUAGCUGCUCUGAAAUUCUUUAGAGUUCUGUCACUGCAAAGUAUGGAUAUUAGUGGCAUUUUAGUACAAAAAUAUGAUAUAUUGAAACCAAUUUCUGAGUACAUAAGCUCUGGUGUAGAUGGGACGUACGGCCUUCGGGUGCAAAUAGAAGCUUACUCUAUUCUUUGUAACUUGUUGCAGUUCUGUUUCGGCACACAAGUAGCUAAAUCUCUGUGUCCUAUGAUUGUUACAACUCUUUAUAAACAUGUGAGAGGAACAGAUAUCUUUAGUAAUUCUUCUGUGGUCUCUGCCACUCACGCUGCGGUUGUUUUGCAAUUCACUAAUAAGUUCUUAGGUUGCUACUCUGUGAAUCGUGAUUCUUUCAAACAGCAGGUAUAUCCACUAUUGAAGGAAGGGAUUCAGAAGUGGCUUGCACAGUUGGCGCACUCAGAAACUUACACCUGUGGACACCUCAGACUUAUAAGUGCAGCACUGGACUGCUGUAAAACUGUUCUGUUGCUUGAAAGGUUGCAAUUGAAGUUUCUCAGUGAUUCCUUAAAGACGCUUUCUGCAUCUAAAGGAUUCAAGGAGAUAAUAAGAAAUUUGAUAGCUUCUUCUAAUCUGUUGUCAAAAAUUGAGAACAGUGAUCUUCAUUACACUAAGAAUUUGAAAUGUCUCGGAACAUCUGUGAUAGAUUCUACACAAAAGGUAUUACCAAUCCUUAAUGUGAAUUCGCCUAUCCCGUUUUUGUCAUCACUGCUGGUUGUGUUAAGGCUAACGGAAGAUUCACGGGUCACAAAAUGUAUUUACGAUCACUUCUCAACUUAUCUGAGAAAUGUGGCGAAUAAAGCUCCCAGUUUGUGUGACAAUUGGUUCACUAGAAUCGAAACUGACUUUUUAUUUAGCCUUGUGAAAAUUGCUGUCCUCAAUGAUUUCCCAGAUACAAAUAAAGACCUUAUUUACAAAGUUGCUAGUAAGCUUUGCUACAUUUUAAGGAUGGACAAGAAGUUUGAACUGGAAUUUCUUUUCAACAGUGUUGUUUUCAAUAAAAAUUGGUUCACAGCUGAAAGACUGUUCAAUUUAUUAUCACUAUCUGAUGCAGAAAACUUCUCCAAGGCUCUGACUUCAAUAGGGGAUAUAAAACUUAGUUACCGCAAAGUAAUCAACUUGAGCUAUAGAGAAACAUAUAAUAAUGUAUUGAGGAAGUGGCAGGAACCAUUUCUGCCAAGAGAUUGGAUAUACAUGCCUAUAUUGAUCUUGUAUAGUCAAGGAGGAGAAGAAAAACUAAGAACAAGCGAGGAGCAGGCUGACAAAGUGGCACCAAUGAAGGAACUCAUCAUAUCAGGCUGUUUAGAGUGGAUCCUCUUCAAUGAACUAUGUUUCCCGGAUCUACUGAACGACAUAAACAUCACAGAUAGAUUUUGCCGCAUCCUGUGCGUCUUUUUAUGUGAUAACUCCCUGUUUCUUGAGAAAAACAUAAAGCUUUUACUGCGGAAGUGUGUUCAAACUCUGUUUAAAAACAAGGCAGGUUUCGAUUUUGACAAGGAGUUGACAGGGUUGCAUAAUUUCCAGGAUUUUUACACUCAGCUGUUGGAGCAGUUCCAAUCAGUUAGUUACGGGGACCACACUUUCGCUGCAUGCAUUUUGGUGCCUUUGGCGCAACAGCAUAACGUGAAGUGGCGAAAGUUGCUUUGGUCAGAAUACGCUGGAUGUUUGCGAGCGCUCGACUGCCCCGAAGAGCUUCUCUGCUACCCUGUAGAGGAUUAUCUUUAUCCAGAAGAAACGGACGAGUCAUUGAUAAAGUCUUACUUCCAAGCUGUAAACAGUAACCUGUUGAGGCCAGACACAAUAGCGUAUAGGAUAGCUCAACAUCACGUAGAGUGCUUUAAGAAAAGACAAGAUGCCUUGAAUAAUGUUAAGCAAUAAUUUUUGUAUGUACCUAUGUAAUUAAAAUUUAUG